GGGCCAGUCGAGGUCCGCCCGCCGGUACUGAGCGUGGGAUCUCGGCCUCACGCCGGCGUCCACGGGGGCCGGAAGUCCCUCCCCGGAAGAAGCCAUGGGGACGACGGCGGAAGUGGGAGAAGUACCGCCCCUUGGGCUGUGCACCUUUUUGGCGCCGCGGGCCCGGGCACCCUGCUGUCAGCCUGGCUUCCUCAUUUCGCCGCCGCCCGCUGUCCGCCACCCCGGUCGCCGCCGCGUCCUUCUCCGAAUGCUGGGAGGCCGGCAGUCGCGUCCGGCUGUUGCAGGCGGUGGACACGGAGCAUACCGUGGACUCGGUGGAGUGGUGCCCGCUGGAGGGCUGCAGGCACUUGCUGGCGUGCGGCACCUACCAGCUGCGGAAGCCGGAGGACCAGCCCGCCGACCCGGAGAGCAAGAGUGGACUGGAUGUUGAUGAGCCUCAAAUUCGUUUGGGUCGCCUCUACCUGUAUAGUUUCAGUGAGGACAGCUCUCCUUGCCCCCUGGUUGAGGUCCAAAGAAGAGAUGCUUCGGCGAUCCUGGACAUGAAAUGGUGCCCCAUUGCGGUGGCCGGCCAUGCACUCUUGGGAGUGGCAGAUGCUUCUGGGUCCAUAGAGCUACUCCGCUUGGUGCGAUCCGAGCAGAACUCUUACACACUACAGCCGUUCUCCCGCUUUGCCCUGGAAAAGCAGUGUCUGGCCUUGUCCUUGGACUGGUCCACUGGGAGAGCCGGAAGAUCUCCCCACUGCUUCCCUGUGUCUAGGGCCAGUGACCAGCCCUUGAAGAUCAUUAGCAGCGACUCCAACGGGCAGCUCCAUCUCCUGCAGGCGUACCAGGCAGGGCCGGGAAUGCAGGCUGUGGGCACGUGGCAGGCCCAUCACUUUGAGGCCUGGGCUGCUGCUUUCGAUUACUGGCAGACGGAAGUCGUGUAUUCAGGUGGGGACGAUGGCCUUCUGAAAGGCUGGGACACCAGGACCCCUGGCACAUCCGUGUUCACAAGCAGGAGACACUCCAUGGGCGUGUGCAGCAUCCAGAGUAGCCCCCACUGCGAGAACAUCUUGGCCACGGGAAGCUACGACGAGCACGUUCUUCUCUGGGACACUCGGAGCAUGAAGCAGCCGUUGGCGGACGUGCCCGUGCAGGGCGGGGUGUGGAGGCUCAAGUGGCACCCUUUCCACACCCACCUACUCCUGGCAGCGUGUAUGCACGGUGGCUUUACGAUCUUCAACUGCCAAAAGGCAAUAGAGGAGAAUCAGGAAGUGUUCCCAGUCACUCUGUCCUACACCUUGCCCAACUCGCUGGUGUAUGGAGUCGACUGGUCCUGGCUGUACUUCCGCCACUUGCCGCAGACCCAUCCGUCAUUCUGCUUGGGGUCCUCUCCUGGCAGCGACCCAGGAGCCAAAACAGCAGACCCAGCCUAUACCCUGAAAGUUGCGGCCCAGUCGCCAGCACCCUGUUUUGAGCGUCUAGCUGAUGCUGAUGGAGAGGGUGGUACCAAACACCAGAGUGGAGGCGGGCUGAAGACUCCUCUCCAGCCCUUUGCAGAGGACAAGAACGGCGGCCGGCUGCAUGCCUCAGGGAUCAAGAUCUGUGACUGUGACCAGUAUCUGGAGGCAGCUACCUUUGACGUCAGCCUUCUAGCCACUUGCUCCUUUUAUGAUCAUGUUCUUCACCUCUGGAAGUGGGAGAACAGCUAAGCUAGGGAAGUUACUUGGUUUGACAUCAUAAAGACCAUUUCUACCAAUAAAACCAAGAGUAUGUCUUUAUCUUUUCUGAGAAUGAAGUGUCCUCAGACCAUCUCACUGAGAUUCUGGCUGCAUGCAGUUUUUCUGUAUAGGGCUCAGUGCAUCUUAUGGAAU